AUGGUCGAACUCAAGACGGACAGCUUGAUGACUCAGCCUGUUAUUUCUGUGAGCAACAUCAAAUAUGAGAAGACGAUAAAGGAAGAGAAAGAGCAUAUCAGCCCAACGGCAUCUUGCUCAACUCACGGCCCUAGCCAAACUCCGCUUCUUGAUCGCGAAUUGCAGACUGAGCGAGCUCAAGAUAUAAUUGGCUUAUUGGCGAAAGCAUUGAACAAUGUGACCGAUGGAACCAAGUGCACAAAGUGCACAGUAGACGAAGUGUCGGCUCUGCUUACCGACCACGUGAAGAGUCUUCGACUUGCGAAGCAGAAUGGGGAGUGGUCGAAGGAAGAAAGGAAGACACUUAAGGCAGAGGUUAAAUUGCUUUUCAAGCCGGUCAAGAAGGGCGUGACAAGCCUUUGGAAGGCCAACAGCUGA